UUAAUACUAAACAAUGGUUUCCUCUCCCAAAACCCCAUUUCUCAUUGCUCUGGUGAUAACUUCAUUGGUGGCAUCAACUUCUGUAGUGGAGUCUAGAGAACUCUCUAACCCUAAUUCCAACAUGAUGAGCCUUGAAGCAAGAUUGAGGGUGAAUGGUGAGCCUCCUAAUUGUUGGGAAUCACUUCUCAAGCUUCAAGCAUGUAGUGGUGAAAUAAUAACAUUUUUCCUAAAUGGUGAAACAAAAUUAGGCCAUGGUUGUUGCAAUGCAAUUAAGGUGAUUGGACAUGAUUGUUGGCCUAAUGUUAUUUCAUCUCUUGGGUUUACUAAUGAAGAGAGUUAUAUAUUGGAUGGUUAUUGUGAUGAAGUUGAUGAUCCUCAUUCACCUCCCCCACCUAUAUAAUGGUUCAUUUGUUGAGCCUAAGGAAUUUGUUCCAUACAGGAACAAUAUUAUGUAACUUUGGUCUUUUAUGA